GGCUGAGGGGGUGCGGGCGUCACGGCCACUUGGGGUUCGCCCAGUGACACGAUUACAACAACUUUGUGCUGGUGGCUAGUGAAGUUUGUGAUUCUAAGAAAUUCUUCCAUUACAGCGACGUUCCGCCUUUUCUGUUGUCUCCGCUAAUCCAGUGAUGUGAUUCUGGUAGCCGAACUCCGUGCCCGCGUGUCCGCUGCUUUUGCUAACCUUGGGGUUUUUCUUCGCUGUGAGUCGUGUUGGACAAGGCAGCGGCGAUAAAGUUGGUUUGCCAGUUUCUCACCGCUAGUGCGUCUUUUCCAGCUCCGGACUGGGAGUUGGUAGGUUUCAGAUUUGGGAGUUUUGCGUUGGUUGUAUUUACAUGAAAUCCUGCGGAGUUUCGCUCGCAGCAGCCGCCCCUGCUUUCAGUGAUGAGGAACAGAAAAUGGCGGCGGGAAAACCGAGAGGCAAGACUAAGGAAGGGACCUUAAGCUUGACAGCCGAAGAGAGGGAGGAGCUCAGCGGAUUGGACAGCCGCCUCUUUGGGUUCCUGAACCUUCACGAAGAUGGCGCCAAGACUGAGACCCUGUUGCUCAAGGCUGUUUGCUGCUACGAAUCUCUAAUCUUAAAAGCUGAAGGAAAAGUGGAGUCUGAAUUCUUUUGUCAGUUAGGUCACUUCAACCUCUUAUUGGAAGAUUAUCCAAAAGCAUUAUCUGCAUAUCAGAGAUACUACAGUUUGCAAUCUGACUACUGGAAGAAUGCAGCAUUUUUAUAUGGCCUUGGUUUGGUUUACUUCUAUUACAAUGCAUUUCACUGGGCAAUUAAAGCAUUUCAGGAGGUGCUUUAUGUUGAGCCCAGCUUUUGUCGAGCAAAGGAGAUUCAUUUACGACUUGGGCUUAUGUUCAAAGUGAACACAGACUAUGAAUCUAGUUUAAAGCAUUUUCAGUUAGCUUUGAUUGACUCUAAUCCCUGUACUUUAUCCAGUGUCGAAAUUCAGUUUCAUAUUGCCCACUUGUAUGAAACCCAGAGAAUGUAUCAUUCUGCGAAGGAAGCUUAUGAACAGCUUUUACAGACAGAAAACCUACCUGCACAAGUAAAAGCAACUGUUUUACAACAGUUAGGAUGGAUGCAUCAUAAUGUGGAUCUAUUAGGAGACCAAGCCACCAAGGAAAGCUGUGCUAUUCAGUAUCUCCAAAAGUCAUUGGAGGCAGAUCCUAAUUCUGGCCAGUCUUGGUAUUUCCUUGGCAGGUGCUAUUCAAGUAUUGGAAAAGUUCAGGAUGCCUUUAUAUCUUAUAGGCAGUCUAUUGAUAAAUCAGAAGCAAGUGCAGAUACCUGGUGUUCAAUAGGUGUGCUCUAUCAGCAGCAAAAUCAGCCUAUGGAUGCAUUGCAGGCCUAUAUUUGUGCUGUACAAUUGGACCAUGGACAUGCAGCAGCAUGGAUGGACCUAGGCACUCUCUAUGAAUCCUGUAACCAACCUCAGGAUGCCAUUAAAUGCUACUUAAAUGCAACUAGAAGCAAAAGUUGCAGUAAUACCUCCAUGCUUACAGGAAGAAUUAAAGUUUUACAGGCUCAGUUGUGUAACCUUCCACAAGGUAGUCUACAGAAUAAAACUAAAUUGCUUCCUAGUAUUGAGGAGGCAUGGAGCCUACCAAUACCCGCAGAGCUUACCUCCAGGCAGGGUGCCAUGAACACAGCACAGCAGGCUUACAAAGCUCAUCAUCCAAAUACUGAACCUGUAUUAGGCCUCAGUGAAACAUCAAUUUCACAACAGCCCUUGCCAGUACAUAUGAUUACCUAUAGUCAAGUAGAUGACCUGUCCAGUCCUGCCAAGAGGAAAAGAAUAUCUGGUCCAGCAAAGUACUUGGAACACCUACGCACAGAUAGAGAUAAUUUAAAUCCGACACAAAAACUGAUGCUGCAACAGUUGGAAAGUCAGUUUGUCUUAAUGCAACAAAUGAGACAAACAGGACAAACUACUGGAAUUCCUAAUGGGCCAAUAGCUGAUUCAUCACUGCCUACAAACUCUCUCUCUAGCCAGCAACCACAUUCUGCUCUACCCAGAGUACCUAGUGUCUCUCAGCCUGAAGUGCACUCUGCUUGUUUUGAAAAUCUUUUGUCCAGUGGACCUUUUUCUGCACGCUAUAUUCUUUCUGGCAUCUCAAAACCACUAGGGUGUACAGACACUAAUUUGGUAGGCAAUAAUUACUUAACACGAAGUGGAAAUAAUGGAAAUGUGCCUUAUCUGCAGCAAAACACAUUCACUCUACCUCAUAACUGCACAAACCUGACCAGCAGUACAGAAGAGCCAUGGAGAAAACAACUAUCUAACUCCACUCAGGGGUUUAACAAAGGUCAGAAUUCACAUUUGCCAGAAUCUAAUGAUGAACAGCCUUCAUUUUCCACUGAUCCUGCCCUCUAUCUCCAGGCGGCUAGCACUAAUAUUCAGACUUCACAUAGGAUGCUGUCUAGUUGUUCAGUAACACAGGGAACUGCUUUCAAUCACCUCUCUCAUAUUGCUACCUCAGGUGACCAACAAGGUGUUUGUUGUACCAAAGAGAGCACACCUUCAGGAAAUAGAUCUUUUGUGCCUGAAAUAAGCAGUCAUACUGAAGAUAAACCUAAUGGCUGUGCUGGUGUCAAGGGACUUUCUAAUCGUGUUCAGCAGUUGAUGGCAGAACCUAUUUGCAGUUCUAACAGUGGAGAUUCUACAUCAUCAAAUUUAAUUUCAGACAAUCCUCAGAUCUCUUCCUUGUUGAUUGGAAAAGCCAAUGACAGUGUGAUGACUGGAGCAUAUGACAAAGUCUAUAGUACUCACCCAGAAGGUCAUACAAAGACUAAUAAUUCUGUUGCCUCUUUAUACUCUUCAGUCAUUUCUACAGCUGCUCCAAAAUCUGCUAACCAGACCACCACCCUUGGUGUUACCAGCAUUAGCAGUCCUCAUGUUAGGUUACAAACAAUUAAUGGAAAAGGGCUAGAGAACUCACAGAGCCCUAAAAAGACAAGCCUGUCUAUGAUUAGCUGCAAACCUGAUUCUCAGGUUAUACCAUCAAUUUCUGUGUCCAUAUACUCAAAUUCUACAGAAGUUCUGAAAGCAUGCAGGAACUUAGAUAAAAAUGGCUUGUCUAACAGUCACAAUUUGUUGGAUAAAUGUCCACCUCCAAGACCACCAACUUCUCCAUACCCACCAUUGCCAAAGGACAAGUUGAAUCCACCCACACCUAGUAUUUAUUUGGAAAGUAAACGUGAUGCUUUCUUUCCUCCGUUACAUCAAUUUUGUAUAAAUCCCAAAAAUCCCGUUACAGUAAUACGUGGCCUUGCUGGAGCUCUUAAAUUGGAUCUAGGGCUUUUCUCUACUAAAACUUUGGUAGAAGCCAAUAACGAACACACUGUAGAGGUGAGAACACAGUUGUUGCAACCAGCAGAUGAAAACUGGGAUCCCACUGGAACAAAGAAAAUCUGGCGUUGUGAAAGUAAUCGAUCUCAUACUACAAUUGCUAAGUAUGCACAGUACCAGGCCUCCUCCUUCCAGGAGUCAUUGAGAGAGGAAAAUGAGAAAAGAAUGCAACAUAGAGAAUAUUCAGAUAAUGAAUCCACUUCUUCAGAUAAUACUGGAAGGAGAAGGAAAGGACCUUUUAAAACUAUAAAGUUUGGGACCAACAUCGACCUUUCUGAUGACAAAAAGUGGAAGUUGCAGCUACUUGAACUGACUAAACUUCCUGCUUUUGUGCGUGUUGUAUCAGCAGGAAAUCUUCUAAGCCAUCUUGGUCAUACCAUACUGGGCAUGAAUACAGUUCAAUUAUACAUGAAAGUUCCAGGGAGUCGGACACCAGGUCACCAAGAAAAUAACAACUUCUGUUCUGUUAACAUAAACAUUGGUCCAGGUGAUUGUGAAUGGUUUGUUGUUCCUGAAGGUUAUUGGGGUGUCCUGAAUGACUUCUGUGAAAAAAAUAAUUUGAAUUUUUUGAUGAGUUCUUGGUGGCCCAAUCUUGAAGAUCUUUAUGAAGCAAAUGUUCCUGUAUAUAGGUUUAUUCAAAGACCUGGAGAUUUGGUCUGGAUAAAUGCAGGCACUGUGCACUGGGUUCAGGCUGUUGGCUGGUGCAACAAUAUUGCUUGGAAUGUUGGCCCACUUACAGCCAGCCAGUAUAAAUUGGCAGUGGAACGGUAUGAGUGGAACAAAUUGCAAAGUGUAAAGUCAGUAGUACCCAUGGUUCAUCUCUCCUGGAAUAUGGCACGAAACAUCAAAGUUUCAGAUCCCAAGCUUUUUGAAAUGAUUAAGUAUUGUCUUAUGAAAAUUCUGAAGCAAUGUCUGACACUGAGGGAAGCUCUUAUUACAGCAGGAAAAGAGGUUAUAUGGCAUGGACGGACGAAUGAUGAACCAGCACAUUACUGUAGCAUUUGUGAGGUGGAAGUUUUUGAUCUUCUUUUUGUCACUGAUGAAAGCAAUUCUCAAAAGACAUACAUAGUACAUUGCCAAGACUGUGCACGAAAAGCAAGUGGAAAUCUGGACAAUUUCGUGGUGCUAGAAGAAUACAAAAUGGAGGACCUGAUGCAAGUAUAUGACCAGUUUACAUUAGCUCCUUCAGUAUCAUCCUCCUCUUCUUGAUAAUGGUCCAUGAAUAUUAAAUGACACCUUUUCUCAUCUUCAGGAAAGUUCUGCACCACUGGUUUUAUAGCUGCUUAAUAAGAGUGCUGACUGAAAGCUAUAUCUAUGCAACCUUCCAAGAAUAUUGUCAAUCAACUGGAUAUACCAGAGCACUUCUCUGCUCCAGGAUAGAUCCGGCUUUUCUUAAUUACCAUGUUUUAUGUUUAUCUGACAAAAGUGGCACUGCCCAGUAGACUACUGCGUUGAUGAUAUCUUUUUUGUUUGUUUGUUUAAUGUUUCUGGACUUACAAAUUAGCUUUCAUCUGUAUUUUAUCCUUGCAAAAAUUUCUUUGGGAGGAUACACUGCCCUCACUGGUCAUAUUUUUGCUAAGAUAAUUAAAUCUUUGCUUAAGUGUUUUAAUGUGAAAAAUUAGAGGAGAAAGGUUAGUUUUUCUUGUUGCUUUUUUUUUUUUUAUCACUUUUAAGUUUUUCUGUUUUGUUUUGUGCCCAUAAUGGUUCCAAAUUGAAAGUUUUUAAAAUAUUUAACAGCCUAAUAGUGAAGAUGCAAAGAUAAUAGGUUGCACAUAGACUAAGGAAUAAACUUCAGUUUUAUGAUUUUUGUUUCUAAUCUUGAUACAGAUUUACACUAUUUAUGAAUACAUAUUUAUUGCUUGAAAAUAUUUGUGACUGGUAUGUUAUUUUUCCAGGAUUUACCUGCCAUUAAAUAUAAGGAGUUCUGUAAUUUUAAGCAUUACUCCUUUUACAUUUCGUAUGUGUAAAUAAAACUUUAAAAUUGUACAGAAAUUUUACUAAAGUUGUUUCAUGUUUAAAGCAUUUUCCACUGUUUUAUUAGAGUUUCUGAAAAAACCCAGAUUUUGUUCCAUUUCAAAUCUUAUUAUAUGUAUUUUAUAUGUACAUAUAUGUCCACACACAUGUAUAACGUAUAUGUAUUUAUAAUACAGCAUAUAAUUAUAAAAAGAUAAAACAAAUUUUUAAUUUUUCACCUUUAAGGUAGUUUCUGAGAUGCCUUCUACAAAGCAUUGCUUACAAAAGUAUGUGUAUUUUUUUUUUUUUAGUAUGUGUAUUUUUAAAGUAAAUGUCUUUUAUUCUGGUUUGUGGAGGUUGCAGUUAUUGCAAUGAUUGCCAAUAAAUAAGUGCUGGAAAAAUGUAUAGUAGAAAAUGAAUAGUGAAGUUAAACAAUUUUAAAGGAAACGUGUAAGUUUGAUAAAUCUUAUUGCGUAAAAGAGAUUCGUAAUGAUGGCCUCCACUCUAAUAACAAAUAUAUUAAGUGACAUAUUCUCUGGAGUUAGGUGACCUAAAAUUCCGUGAUUUUCUGCUUGUAUGACAUGGUUCAGUGAGGGGAGAGGGAGAAUAUAUUCAGAUCCUUUAUCAUUAGUACAUUUUAACAAGCUCUGUGAAAUCUUUUAUUUCAUAUAAACAAAUAACUCUUAAUCUGUAACCAUUUUAUAACAGUUCCUGGUCUACUGCCUAUAUCUUACUGAAGCAUUUGGCCUUUAUUCUCAUUUUAUCACAUUUUCUAGGAGAUUUCCUGAGAACUUUGGUAAAAGUUCUGUAAAUGAAGUGAGAAUAUAUAAUCCUAUCUGAUGAAAUGCCUUGAUGUAUUUUUUUUUUCAAAUAACUUUAUAGAAAUAAUUUAAAGAUGAAAGUUGUAUAAAUGUUACUACAUUAGGUAAUAGUUUUUCAACAACUGAAAUCUUAACAGUAAUCAUAUAUAUAGAUAAACAUACACAUAUAGAUACACAUAUAUAAUUUCAAAAGGAAAUAAUCUGUUUUAGUUAAGCAAAAUAGUAAACAAAGAAAAAUAGUGCAAUUCAUUAUUUUAACUGCUCCAUUUUGUGAUUCUGUUGUAAAUGUUUUUAUGCAAAGGUCAUUGAUACUAAAACUCAAAAUGAACUUUUUGAAACAAAGAUUAAAAUUUAGACUUCAGGACACUUACAAAGUUAGUAUAUUUAUAAUGUAUUUGUGCUCCAUCUGAGUUUUUCUUAACUUUGUAUUCCUUAAAAGGCAUCUUAUUGUUUCAUCUCUUUUUGAGAUGGUUUAUUGCCAAGGUUCAUAUAAAUUGAAUUUACUGAGUUUACCUACACAUAAAAAAUGACUUAGUUUUCUUUGGCUCAUCUGUCAAGAAUUACACUUCUCAGAAUUGUAAACAGGUACAAAAGUGAAAUCACAUGUACCAGCAUCACUUAGAACUAUUCACUCAGAUUAAAAAAGUCCUCCAUUACCUGUUUUCUUUCAUGAAUUUUAUACUGUCCUUUUAAAUUGGAUUUUGGGAUUCUCUAGUAUCUCAGUGGUUAAGAAUCCACUUGCCAGUACAGGGGACACAGGUUUAAUCCUGGUGCAGUGGGAUCCCACAUGCCUCAGAGCAAGCAAGGCCAUGUGCCACAACUAUGUAGUCCAUGCUCUAGAGCCCACAUGCUGCUGCUGAAGCCUGAAGCUCAUGCUCCACAAGGGAAGCCAUUGCAGUAAGAAGCCUGAACACUGCAACUGGAGAAUAGACCUAACUCACCACAACUAGAAGAAGCACCCAAAGCAACAAAGACAGCACAGCCUAAAAUAAUUUCUUUUUUUUUAAUUUGGAGGUUGUUUUUGUUUUAUUGCAGGAGGUAGAAUAUCUAUAUAUAAACUCAGGUACUUUUUUUUUCCAGUAAAAAGUUGAUGUACAAAAUUAGGUAAGUUUCAAGUGUUCAACAUAGCAAUUAACAAUUUUAAAGGUUAUAUUCCUUUUAUAGUUACUGUAAAACAUUGGCUAUGCUUUUUAAUUGUAAGAAAUCUGUGUAUUUUGUGUGUUAAUCCCUUAUGAUUUGCAAAUAUUUUCUCCCACUGAUUAGGUUGUCUUGUCAUUUUGUUGAUAGUUAUCUUUGUUUUAUAAAUGUGUUUCUUUUAAAUUAGGUUAUAUAAUGACUCUUUGCAUUUAUUUCUUUUAUGUCAGGAGACAAAUCCAAAAUAUUGUGUGAUUUAUGUCAAGAGUAUUCCACCUAUGUUUUCUUCUAGGAGUUUUACAGUUUCCAACUUUUUCUGUGGUCUAGGAUGUGAUGUAAUCAGGAGACUGUUCCCUGUGCAGUUAAAAAGAAAGAGUAUAUAAGUAGGUAAAGAGUCUCCUGCAAUACAGGAGACACAGGAGAUGCAGGUUUGAUCCGUGGGUUGGGAAGAUUCAUCCCAUUUAGGAGGAAAAUGGUAACUCACUGCAGCAUUCUUUCCCGUAAACUCCCAAGGACAGAGGAGCCUGGCAAUCUACAGUCCGAGGAUUGAAAAGCAUCUGACACAACUGAGUGACUAUGCAUAUAUGAUAAACAUAUAUAUAUAUAAGUCCACAUGGCUUAAUGUGUUACAUAAGGGCAGUGUUUCCUUAUUAAUUUUCUUUCUGGAUCUAGUGUCCACAGAUGUAGGUGCAGUGUUAAAAUCUGCUCUUUUUACAGUGUUACUGUUAAUUUCCCCUUUCAGAUCUGUUGGUAUUUGCUUUAUGUGUGGAGGUGCUCCUAUGUACGUUUAAAUAUAUGCAUGUGUAUAUAUUUAUUGUUUCUUGGAUUAAUCCGUUGAUCAUGUAUGAUAUAAUGAAUAUCCUCAUCUCUUAUAACAAUCUGUGUUUUAAAAUCUACUUUGUCUUAUAUAAGUAUUCCUACCCUCGCUUUCCUUUGAUUUCUAUUUUCCAUCCUCUCAGUUUUCCAUAUAUAGAUGUCUUUAAAUUUGAAAUGAGUCUGUUGUAGGCAGUCUAUAGAUAGGCCCUAUUUUCACGUCAGUUCAGCUGUACCUCUCUUUUAAUUGGAGGACUUGGUUCAUUUACAUUUUAAGUAAUCAGUUCCAGUUCAGUUCAGUCACUCAGUCAUGUGCGACUCUUUGUGACCCCAUGAACUGCAGCACUCCAGGUCUCCCUGUCCAUCACCAACUCCCAGAGUCCAUCCAAACCCAUGUCCAUUGAGUCGGUGAUGCCAUUCAACCAUCUCAUCCUCUCUUGUCCCCUUCUCCUCCUGCCCUCAAUCUUUCCCAGUAUCAGGGUCUUUUCAAAUGAGUCAGCUCUUCACAUCAGGUGGCCAAAUAUUGGAGUUUCAGCUUCAACAUCAGUCCUUCCAGUGAACACCUAGGACUGAGCUCAUUAAGGAUGGACUGGUUGUAUCUCCUUGCAGUCCUAGGGACUCUCAAGAGUCUUCUCCAACACCACAGUUCAAAAGCAUCAAUUCUUUGGCACUCAGCUUUCUUUAUAGUCCAACUCUCACAUCCAUAUAUGACUACUGGAAAAACCAUAGCCUUGACUAGAUGGAUAUUUGUUGACAAAGUAGUGUCUCUGCUUUGUAAUAUGCUGUCUAGGUUGAUCAUAACUUUGCUUCCAAGGAGGAAGCACCUUUUAAUUUCAUGGCUGCAGUCACCAUCCACAGUGAUUUUGCAGCCCAGAAAAAUGAAGUCAGCCACUGUUUCCACUGUUGCCCAUCUAUUUGCCAUGAAGUGAUGGGACCAGAUG